UUAAAAAACCGACCGUCACAAGUGGUGACUCCCUUAACGUUGCACUAUUCUGCAUUUUUUUUCUGUUCACCUGCUUGGAUUUUUUGUUUUGGUUCGGCUACCUUGACUACUUUCGGCUAUCCUCGGCUACCUUCGGCUAUCCUCCAACGAAGAAGAUGUAUCUACCAAAAAUAAUCAAACAUAACCAUAAAAAACAUUUCAACAACAUAUACAAACAAAAGUUGAAGGAAUAUGGUAAGAACAUUUUUGUGUGUGAUAAAUUAAAUAUUCUUUAGUUCAUAAAACUGAAAAUGCACAUGAAGACAGUAUUUGGACAUGUGCUUGGGCAUGUCCAAAGAAAAAAAAAGAUAUGAAUCUUGAUAUGGAAGAUUCGAGAGAUUCCAUGCAAUCGAAUGAUGAUGAGAUACCUGAGUAUAUAGUAACUGGAUCGGUGGAUGAUUCUGUUAAAGUUUGGGAGCAUAAAAAUGAGUCUCUAUAUUUGAAGCAUAAAUUAACUGGACAUUCCCUUGGAGUGGUUUCAGUAGCUGUGAGUUCGGAUGGUUUAAAGUGCGCAUCGAGUUCGCUUGAUUCUAGUUUGAAGAUAUGGGAUUUGGAGUCAGGUGAAAAGAUGUCUAACAUUGAAGUGGGACCCGUUGAUAUUUGGACAGUGGUAUUUUCUCCUGACGAUAAAUUUGUUGUAUCCGGUAGUCAUUCUGGUAAGAUACAUUUGUAUGGAACGGAAAGCGGAAAACAAGAGCAAACGUUGGAUACAAGAGGUGGAAAAUUUACACUCAGUGUUGCCUUUAGUCCUGAUGGUAAAUAUAUUGCUAGCGGUGCGAUAGAUGGUAUCAUUAAUAUCUUUGAUGUUACUUAUGGUAAAGUUCUCCGUACAUUGGAAGGUCAUGCGAUGCCUAUCAGAUCCUUAUGUUUCUCUCCUGAUUCUCUGUUACUCUUGACCGCAUCGGAUGAUGGACACAUGAAAAUAUAUGACGUAAAAGAUGCGAAUUUAGCAGGAACCAUGUCAGGCCAUGCCUCUUGGGUACUCGGGGUUGCUUUUGCACCUAAUGGAAAAAGAUUUGUUUCCAGCAGUUCAGAUCAUACGGUCAAAGUUUGGGAUUUAGCGCGUCGUAACUGUUUGCAUACAUUUAAAGAGCAUAAUGAUCAGGUAUGGGCAGUAAAAUAUCAUCCACGAAAGAACAAUACAAUUGCGUCGGUAUCCGAAGACAAAUCAAUUAAUCUUUAUGAUUGUCCUUUAUAAUGCAUAAUAAUUAUAAAAGUAAAUAUACAAAAAUAAAGAAACAAUUUUCAUUA